CUUUUGUUUCUCUCACGUUGGGGCUACUUGUUUUAGGGCGCAAAGGAACGGCCUCGAAAGGGGGUCCUUCCCCUGCCGAGAACCGGGAAUCGUCCCCAGCCCGCGUGCGCGACCGGCCGGUGCGCCUCGGCCCGCGGACAAUCCUUUAUACACAGACUGUGUCUGACUGGAAAUCUUCCCUUUUUUUACUGCAUUCAGUUGACUUAACAGGGUUUUAAGAGCAGCAUUCAUAAAUUUCCAGCCGUGGACCAGACUGACAAUUGCAAGAGAAGAGUCAUUCACCAAGAGAAUGGAGAUUUCCUCUCAUCAGUCUCACCUCCUGCAACAACUGAAUGAACAGCGCAGGCAGGAUGUAUUUUGUGACUGCAGUAUUCUAGUCGAGGGGAAGGUCUUCAAAGCACAUCGGAAUGUAUUAUUUGCUAGUAGUGGCUACUUUAAAAUGCUUCUUUCUCAGAAUUCAAAGGAGACAAGUCAACCAACCACAGCUACAUUUCAGGCUUUCUCCCCUGACACUUUUACAGUUAUCCUGGACUUUGUCUAUUCUGGCAAACUAUCUCUUACUGGUCAGAACGUCAUAGAAGUGAUGUCGGCUGCUAGCUUCCUUCAGAUGACUGAUGUCAUUAGUGUAUGUAAGACUUUUAUUAAAUCUUCAUUAGAUAUUAGCGAGAAAGAAAAAGAUCGCUAUUUCAGUCUCUCAGAUAAGGAUGCCAACUCUAAUGGUAUAGACCGUUCCUCUUUUUAUAGUGGUAGCUGGCAAGAAGAAGGCAGUUCUCCACAUUCUCACCUAAGCCCAGAGCAAGGAACAGGAAUAAUGAGCGGAAAAUCUUGGAGUAAGUAUAAUUAUCAUUCAGCCUCCCAAAGGAAUACUCAACAACCUUUGGCCAAGCAUGAACAAAGGAAAGAUUCCAUUAAAAAGACCAAACACUUGAGAUUAUCACAGCCUUCUGACGUUGCUCAUUAUAAGUCAAGCAAACGAGAAGCCCAGGCAUCUGAUUCUUCCAGCCAUGUUUCUCAAUCUGAAGAACAAACACAAAUUGAUGCUGAAAUGGACUCUACUCCUGUUGGCUAUCAAUAUGGUCAAGGAUCUGAUGUCACAUCCAGAAGUUUUCCAGAUGAUCUGCCAAGGAUGCGAUUCAAGUGCCCAUACUGCACACAUGUGGUGAAGCGGAAGGCAGACCUAAAGCGCCACCUUCGUUGUCAUACAGGAGAAAGGCCUUAUCCAUGUCAAGCUUGUGGAAAAAGAUUUAGCAGACUAGACCAUCUAAGUAGCCAUUUCCGAACAAUUCACCAGGCAUGUAAACUCAUCUGCAGAAAAUGCAAACGCCAUGUGACUGAUCUAACAGGGCAAGUGGUGCAGGAGGGAACCAGGCGCUACAGACUGUGUAAUGAGUGCCUUGCUGAAGUUGGCAUAGACAGCCUCCCCAUGGAUUUGGAAGCUGAACAACAUCUCAUGUCCCGAUCAGAUGGAGAUAAGGAUUCCAGAUGGCACUUGAGCGAAGAAGAGAAUAGAUCCUAUGUGGAGAUUGUAGAAGAUGGCUCUGCUGAUCUGGUCAUCCAACAAGUUGAUGAUAGUGAAGAGGAAGAAGAAAAGGAAAUAAAGCCCAACAUUAGGUAGCCGUAACGUGAACCAACAGAGCUUGCAUGUCUGCAACUUACAUUGACUUCCUCUCUCUCUCUCUAUGGGCAGAGUCUGGUUAACAAAUUUAUCAUACUGACUUAAAAGAAAUGAAGUGAUAUAACUUGCAUGCUUUCUAAACAUUGUAUCCAUUCCGAACUUCGUUGCCCUAAAAUACAUUGCUGCAUUGGAAAGAAAAACCUAGUUUGAUUUGGCAUGAUGGAUGAAAUUAUCCUCUUACUUUUAUUGCAGAAAUACCUUUUUCCUUUUCUUUUUCUUUUUUUCUUUUUUUUUUUUUUGACAUAGUCUCACUCUCACCCUGGGCAGAGUGCCAUGGAGUAGCUCACAGCAACCUCAAACUCUUGGGCUUAAUCAGCCCCCUGAGUAGCUGGAACUGCAGGUGUCCACCACUAGACCCAGCUAGUUUCUCUGUUUUUUUAGUAGAGAUGAGGUCUCACUCUUACUUAGACUGGUCUUGAACUCCUGAGCUAAAGCAAUCCACCUGCCUUGGCCUCCCAGAGUGUUAGGAUUGCAGAUGUGAGGCACUGUGCCCGGCCCCUUUUUUUCUUUUAAUAUUGGAAGAUGUACAUAGCAAAUUUUUUCAAAGGAAAUAUUUUAGAUAAAUUGAUCACAGCCAAACCUUAUGUAAGGCAAUUUCAGGAUGUUUCAAAAAUACAUAUACUACCAAUAUUGAAUUUCACAAGGAACCAGGGAAGAGCACAUUUAAGAGUCUGGCAAUCUAACUGACCAAACUAAUGAGUCUGUUGACUUGAAAUUUGAUACAACCUAUCAUUAUUCUGAUAUCCUGAAUAGGAUUAUGGCAGAAGAAUAAAAUGUUUGAAAUAGUUCAUGUUGUAAAUUUUUUGUCAUUAAGAAAUAAUACUCUAGGGCGGCGCCUGUGGCUCAGUGAGUAGGGCGCCGGCCCCAUGUGCUGAGGGUGGCGGGUUCAAACCCAGCCCCGGCCAAACUGCAACAAAAAAAUAGCCGG